AUGCAUUUGCAAUUACAUUACCGUCAACUGAGUAGUAACUCGGUCUCAGCUGACUUCUGUUUAUGGAGCUGUGAAGGCGAGGGCGGGGGCGGCCGGCGGCGCCGCGCUGCCGCUAGUGCAGGCGUUGCCGCUGGCGCUGGCGCUGGCGUGACCGCUGGCGUGGGCGCUGGCGUGGGCGUGGGCACUGGCGUGGGCGCGAGAGUUUCCGUGGGCGCGGGCGAGGCGGGCUCGGGUGCGGCGUCGCGCGGUAUGCGGCGCCGUCCGCUUCUGCUGCUGCUGGCGUUAGCGCUGCUUCGUGCACACGGCCUGCUCGCUGCAUCUGCAGGAAUCCGCUCAAUCUGCGUUAUAGAAUGUGACGUUAGGAUUGUGUAUGUUUGUCGGCGAUGUCUGUUUGCGUUCAGGUGUUGUGGGAUAAGCCGGCCGUGUCAGCGUCGCCGCAUUCAAUCACGUGCAGCCUGUAAUGCUGUGCCAAUACAGAACUAUGAGGAACUAUGUGCCGUGCCCUGA